CAACCCCUGUUCGGGCAGGGUGGAGGUCUUCCUCCAGGGCCAGUGGGGCACAGUUUGUGAUGAUGACUGGGACCUGGUCGCUGCCAAGGUGGUGUGCAGACAGUUGGGCUGUGGGAGGGUGCUGUCUACACCAAGUGGUGCCACUUUUGGACCUGGACAAGGACCUAUUAUGGAUUAUGUCAACUGCAAUGGCCACGAAUCUGAGCUCACACAGUGUGGCCACAGAGGACUGUGGUCCCACAGCUGUGGUCACCAGGAUGACGCUGGAGUUGUCUGUGAAGCUGCCUCUUCAGUGAGACUGGUCAACGGUCUCUCCAACAACCCCUGUUCAGGCAGGGUGGAGGUCUUCCUCCAGGGCCAGUGGGGCACAGUUUGUGAUGACGACUGGGACCUGAAUGAUGCCCAGGUGGUUUGUACACAGCUGGGCUGUGGCAGUGCCAUAUCAGCCACCAACAAGGCAUAUUUUGGACCGGGAGCAGGACCCAUCUGGUUGGACGAUGUCAACUGUGGAGGAAAUGAAACGUCAAUAACCGACUGUGAACAUCAAGGGUUUGGUUCUCAGAACUGCAAACACGCCCAAGACGCUGGCAUCAUCUGUGAUGCUGCAACUCCAGUGAGACUGGUCAACGGUCUCUCCAACAACCCCUGUUCAGGCAGGGUAGAGAUCCUCCUCUAUGGCCAGUGGGCCACAGUUUGUGAUGAUUACUGGGACCUGCUCGAUGCCCAGGUGGUGUGUAGACAGUUGGGCUGUGGGAGGGUGCUGUCUGCACCACAUGGGGCCACUUUUGGACCUGGCCAAGGGCCUAUAGGGUUGGAUGAUGUCAACUGCAAUGGCCACGAAUCUGAUCUCACACAGUGUGGCCACAGAGGACUGUGGACCCACGACUGUGGUCACCAGCAGGAUGCUGGUGCUGUCUGUGAAGGUAAUACAUUUAACAUGUGGCUACACAUUAUCGGCUUUUUCUUCUGCUAA